CUACGCAAACCCAUGAACAGGUCCAUUUCCAGCAUCAUCAACAUUCAUCUUACCCCCUUAUAAAAACAAUAAACGAUGGUGUCCGUGUCUCCACAAUAUCAUUAUGAGGACUUCCUUCUUUCUUACCUGCACUACCACCAUCUUCCUUCUCACAGGAUUCUUGUACGUUGCACCGUUGUUAAUCCUCGCAGUUAUCGGAAUUCUUACUUCACUUAUGGUAGUACUAUUGGCUGUGGUGUUUGUACCUUACUUCACACAACUAAUGUCAACCGAUCACCGGCCUCCUGUUGUCGGACCAGUAUCCAAUCAACUCCUACACUUUCAGGGGCUUUAUGAUUACAUGACACUGAUUGCCAAAAAAUACCCCACUUAUCGUUUCAUCACACCUACACAUAGUAGAGUUUAUACAGCUGAUCCUGCUAACAUUGAGUACAUUCUAAAGACCAAUUUUGCAAAUUACACCAAGGGGGAGUACAAUAUUGGUAUAAUGAGAGAUCUUUUUGGCAAUGGGAUUUUUGCGGUGGAUGGAGUUAAGUGGCGCCACCAACGGAAGCUUGCAAGCUUUCAGUUCUCAACAAAAGUAUUACAAGAGUUUAGUACUGUAAGCUUCAAGUCAAACGCUGCUAAACUAGCCAAAAAGAUUUCCUUACUAGCAGCUGCUGAGGAAACCAUGGAUUUGCAGGAUCUGUUGAUGAGAUCGACAUUAGAUUCGAUGUUUAAGGUGGGGUUUGGGUUUGAUCUUGAUACUCUAUCGGGUUCAAAUGAGGCAAGUAAUCGGUUUAUGGAAGCGUUUGAUGAGUCAAAUGGUUUGGUAUAUUGGCGAUUUGUGGAUCUUCUAUGGAAGGUGAAGAGGUAUCUUAAUAUUGGUUCCGAAGCCGCUCUCAAAGAAAAAAUCAAAAUUAUCGAUAACUUCGUAUAUGAGUUGAUACGAAACAAGAGGGAACACAUGAAAAAUGAAGAGAGAGAUAAAGAAGACAUAUUGUCGAGAUUUCUGAUGGAAAGUGAAAACGAUCCGGAGAAUAUGAACGAUGAGUAUCUGAGAGAUAUAUCUCUCAGUUUUGUGAUUGCUGGAAAAGAUACAUCUGCAAACACACUCACUUGGUUCUUUUACAUGCUUUGCAAGCAUCCAUGGAUUCAAGAAAAGGUUGUAGAUGAAGUGAAAAUGGCAAUCGAAGCUGAUAAUCAUACAUCCAUCGAUGAAUUUGGAGUCAAAUUUACGGAACUUGCCCUUGACAAAAUGCAUUAUCUCCAUGCAGCUUUAUCUGAGACACUCAGGCUCUAUCCCGCAGUUCCGUUGAAUGGAAAGUGUGCUGAGAAAGAUGAUGUUCUUCCAGAUGGGUUCAAGAUCAAGAAAGGAGAUGGUGUAGGUUAUAUGGCGUAUCCAAUGGGAAGGAUGACGUACAUUUGGGGAGAGGAUGCUGAAGAGUUCCGACCAGAAAGAUGGAUUAAAAAUGGCGUUUUUCAACCUCAAAGUCCUUUUAAGCUCAUCGCUUUUCAGGCUGGGCCAAGGAUAUGCUUAGGGAAAGAAUUUGCUUACAGACAAAUGAAGAUUCUUGCUGCUUUUCUUGUUUACUUCUUCAAGUUUAAACUAGUUGAUGAGAGUAAAGAAGCUACUUAUCAGACCAUGUUCACCCUGCACAUGGAUAAAGGACUCCAUUUGUAUGCUUUUCCUCGUUUGUAACAAUAUAAUGCAUCUUUUCACCAACAAAUUCUAAGCGUUAUAUGUGAAUUUUUUUGCACCUUACAUGAAUCUACUGAUUCCAUGUUAUUGUUUGAUGAGAUUAAAGAAGUUUGGUCCAUUUUCUACUUGGGAUGUGACCUCAAUGAAAAGUGACAUAUCAUCAACCUCUUCUCCCGAAGUUCCUACCAAGUACUGUUUCAAGUUUUCAAGCGACCAAAUCCACGAGUCUUCUAAUCCGUGUUAAUUGAAUAGAGCCAAUAAAGUUUGAAUAGACAUGAGAUGUUCCUGUAUUGUUCCUCUUCGAAUGAUACACCUCCAUACCCACAA